CCAAAUCCGUGUAAAAGUCUCCAUCCAAACAGACCCUAAAUUCAGCCUUCCAAACGUAAUCGGUUCUCGUCCACAUAGUUUCAUUAUCCCAUUUUGGAUUUGGGAAUUGUGGAGCAGAACAGAGCAGCCGAGAUGAGACAUGGCGACUGCCGUUUCAUGUCUCUUUCCAUUUCUCUCGCCGGCGCCACGGCCACUUAACCAACACCGACCAUUCAUAUCAUACAACUCCCAUCUUUCGCUUAUCAUCCCUGCUACUUCACUAUCUCAACCCUUUCUUAAUAGGGAUUCGCAUUUUCGGCGGGAUGGAGGGCGGAUUGUCUCUUCUAUCGCUGUCUUGACCUCUGAAACAGAUUCUGUCCAGAAUUCCCAGGAAAUAGCUUCUACAGCCGGUGAUAGGGUCUCGUCCGUCAUUUCGGCUCUGCUUUUCGCUGCUUUCAUUGCCUUAUCCGUUCUCACUGUUGGGGUAAUCUAUAUAGCUGUAACAGAUUUCUUACAGAAGAGGGAGAGCGACAAGUUUGAAAAAGAAGAGGCUUCCAAGAAGAAAGGUAAGAGAAAGGGAAAGAUUGCAAAUAGAGCUAAAGCCGGACCUAGAGGUUUUGGCCAAAAAAAUUUCCAAGAAGAUGAUGAAGAGGAUUGACACAUCAAAUUUGAAAUCUUUUCAUGUGCUAUUGUUGUGAAGCACUGUCUCAUUAUUUACCAUUUCACUGGUAAUUCAGGCACUUUAUUUGCUACGGAGUAUUUUUUAGCAAUUCUAACUUCACUUUAUCACAUAUACUUGGUCAUCCUUGUUGGUAAAGGUAAACUUGGAUGAACUUAAACAUUACUCUCAGCUUUUCACUAAAUUAAAACCACUUUCAAAGUUCAAUAAAAGUGAUAAAAGAAG